AUGUCGAGCCAAUCCGAAGCCCGCCGGCUACAGCGCAAAAUCGAUUCUCUUCGAAGGAAUGUGGAAAGAAACUCGAAGAAACUCGAAACCAUACGAACUAAGGAGGCAGCUCGUCUGGGAAUCAAGGUUCGGCGGGCCGAGGAGACACGUUCUCGUACUCGCUAUGUGAACGCGAGAACCGCUUUGAACGAGGAAAUGGCUAAAAUAGAGGAGGGAGAAGAGAUCGAUGAGAUUAAACUACAACGACUUAAAGCCACGUGCAAUGAGGCUGGAAUGGAUCAUACAAUGGCUCGAACAAGAGUGUGGCUCGUUACCAAGGCGGCGGAAGAAAUAUGGCGGAUGCACAAGAAGGACAAUGAGCUGCUGGAGAAUCACAUAGUGUUUCUGUCGAAUCUCCUCGAGAACCCUCCUACAGCCACGCCCAGUGAUCCCGAGGAGCACGAGGAGCACGAAAGAGCAGAUGGACGUCCAGACAGCAGCUAG